AUGAGUCUGAUUUUUGUGGUUUCCUGGAGUCUACUCUCAGGCUAUAAAACCUUGCCGGGAGCAGGAAGAGACCCCAUCUGCAGCCUCACCUCCAAGGGAUCCACUAAAGCGGAGAACGCUGUGAUGAAGCACCUGCAGAAGCUCCUGCUAUCCUUCCUGCUGGUGACAGGUCCCCCGGCCAAAGCCAAGCACUCCUGGAAUCGGAUGGAAGGAGGAGGUGAAGGCAAGACCCACUCCACACCCUACUUGGCCUAUCUGCAAGGAGAGAACAACUGUUUCUGUGGAGGCUUCUUGGUGGCCCCGAACUGGGUGAUGACCGCAGCUCAGUGCCUCGCCUACAAACCUCUGACUGUCAUCCUCGGAGCCCACACAAUCCAGACGAGAGAGGAAAGCUGGCAAACAUUUGAAGUCCUAGAGUAUCACCGUCACCCAGAAUUCAAGAGUCCUAAGAACGGAAAGGACAUCCUCUUGCUGAAGCUGAAAGGCAACGCCACCAGCAAUGACUACGUUAAGACCAUUUCCUUUGAAAAGUCAAAAGUCGCGAGUAGUACUAAAUGCAGCAUCGCCGGCUGGGGCCACAAAACACCCAACGGCGCCUUACGCGAAGCCACCGUCACCAUCGUCGACUCAAGGGAUUGCCUCAACCUCUACCCUGGACUUGCCAACAAUUUGAUUUGUGGCCUCAGUAAAUCGGCUGGGGUACCUGAAAAGAGCGAUGCUGGGGGACCACUCGUCUGCAACAACAAAGCCUACGGCAUCUUCUCCUACAGGCAUAAGAACUGGCCGGGUUUCUACACCCGCAUCGCUCCUUACCUUCACUGGGUGGACAGUGUCAUGAAGUCAGCGUGACCUUCCACUCCGCCUGGAAAACUCAUGCUUCGGUCUCCCCUACUCACCUGCUUUCUCUUCCUUUCUCCCUGGGAAACAUCUUCCACUCAUCCUCAUGGACAUGGCAAGAACUUCUCUCUGGUAGAGCCAAACUGUGGCAGAGGGGAGUUUGGUACAGAGAUUGUGCCUCGACUGUGUUUUUUCCCUUUGCAAGCAAUGGAGAGCCCAUGGAGACUGGGCACACUCCCACCUGCUGCUCUGCUUUGCUCCUUUGUCAUAGAAUCAUGGAAUGAUUUGGGUUGGAAGGGACUUCAAAGCCCAUCCAGUUCCACCUCUGCCAUGGGCAGAGACACCUCCCACUGGAUCAGGGGCUCCAAGCCCCAUCCAACCUGGCCUGGAACACCUCCAGGGAUGGGGCAUCCAACCUGUUCCACCCUCCCCACCCUCACAGCAAAACAUUUCUCCCUAAGAUCUCAUCUCAAUCUUUCCUCUUUCAGGUUCAAAACAUCCCUCCUCAUCCAAUCCCUGCCCUCCCUGAUCCAGAGCCCCUCCCAGCUUUCCUGUAGGUGAGCUGCUUGUGGCUACAGCCCUAGAGAGGACGUAGCAGCCCUUGGGGUGGCUGCUGCUCUUCAGGGAAGGCAGCACAACUGGAUUGGAGGAUCCAAAGAGCGGCCACCUCCCUGCCCCUUGCAUUUGUGCCACCAAAGUGCCUUUGGCCAAGCCCUGGCGUUAGAGGGUCACCUUAGCUCCAAGGAGGACACCUUCAGCUCCUGCUUCGCUCCUGCUGCCUCCUUUCUCCCUUCGUGCUGUAGCUCCAGUGUUGUAAGAGUACAUCAAAACAAUAAAUCGCAUCUGUGCUUGAGAGCCUUUUUUCCUUCUUUGAGGUGGAUUUCUUUCAGCUCUUCCAUUCUUGAAGAGCUCAGAAGAAACUCACCGCUCAAACA